AUGGUGGUGCUCGUGGUGAUGGCGGGGAGGAUGAAGAGGAAGAUGAUGACUCUCACGCUGACUCACAAGCUUCUGUCUGCGGGAUCCACAGCGGCCCCGCAGCGCUGCAGGGGCGCGGGCGCGCGGGCGGAGCGGCGAGCGGCCGGCAGGUGGCGCUCGAAGCGGCCCAGUGGGCGUCACGCGCUGCAGAUGGUGGGGGAGGGACCUGCCACCUUCCCGGGCAGGGCUGGGCUGCGGCUGCGGCUGCGGCUGGGACUGCGGAGGAGCCUCACGUGCCGGGACCGCAGAGUCCACAGCGAGGGGCCGCGGGUGCGCAACUGCCCGGCGUGCCCGCCGAGGGUCUUCAAGGGUCUGCAGGACCCAGUGGGGCCCCGGUCCCUGGCGCGCCAGGCCCGUGGGGCCACCGCCAGCACCACGGACAGCGCCGGCCCGGGUGGCCGGUCCUCCCCAAAGCCGCCGGCGCAGUGUCCCCGGCCCGCGCCCCUCCCGGCCCGCAGUCCCACGGCCCCGCACCCUCCCUUUGUCUCUCCCGCCGCAACUUCCCCGCAGGCCCCCGAGCCGCCACCGUCCGCGGGCUCCCAGGCGCGGGCGCUGCGGACACACGUGGCCGCGGGUCCAGGCGGGGUGGCCGCAGCGGCCGGCCCGGCUCCCCGUCGGGCCCCCGCCCGCGCCGCGCCGCCCGCAGCAUGCGGCCCCUUUGUGUCCCGCGCCGUCGCGGCCGGCAGCUGGGCCGCCCUCUGCGCGGCGCAUUGUUCGCCGGAUUUGUCCGCGGCGCGAGGGGCCGCCGGGGCGGCCGCCUUCCUCCCGGCCGGGGCAUUUCCAUGA